AAAAGUUCACUUUUCGUCUGUUUUCAGGGAAAAUAGUGGGGUGGUACACGUGUCCUAUGAAAUUAUUUGACAAAAUAAAAUGAAAUCGUAAUUUCGAAAAGCAUUUAAAUUUAUAUAAACAAGAGAAUUGUUACAACAGGAAAAUGUCAGAUAUUGGUGAUUGGUUUAAGACUAUUCCUGUGUUUACACGAUAUUGGUUUGGAUCAACUAUAGCCCUUACCCUCAUAGGGAGAUUUGGAAUUGUUAGCCCUUACACAUUAGUUCUUCUUUAUGAACCAUUUUUGAAGAAAUUCCAGAUAUGGAGACCUCUCACAUCAUUAUUCUAUUACCCCUUGAGUCCUCAGACAGGCUUUCAUUUUUUGAUAAAUUUAUAUUUUUUGUAUACUUAUUCAAAACGUUUAGAAGAAGAUCACUUUUCUGGUAGACCAUCUGAUUACUUAUUCAUGCUUUUAUUCAAUUGGAUAUGUUGUGUAACGGCAGGAUUGAUUAUUGGGAUGCCUCUAUUAAUGGAUGCAAUGAUACUUUCUGUACUGUAUGUCUGGUGUCAGUUGAACAAAGAUACAAUUGUUACCUUUUGGUUUGGCACCAGAUUUAAAGCUAUGUAUCUACCUUGGGUACUUUUUGGUUUCAAUAUGAUAUUGAAUGGAAUGGGACUAACAGAACUUAUUGGGAUCAUUAUUGGACAUCUUUACUUUUUUCUCAAAUUCAAGUAUCCUCAAGAACUUGGUGGUCCUGUCUUACUUGACACCCCUGUGCUCUUGAAGCAGUGGUUCCCUGAUAGAAUUGGUGGUGUGCAUACAUUUGGUACAGCACCACGAAGGCCACCAAGCGCUGGAAAUAGGAAUGGAGGGUCUAGUGGUUUCUUUGGCAGACGAAAUGUUGGGCAGGGACAUGUUCUGGGCGGAAGUUAAUAAGAUUAUUUAUUUAAAGUUUCUUUAUUAGUUGAUUAAUUAUUUUAUUUUGAAUAUAACUAAAAUAAACAAAAUCUAAUUA